AAAGUAAAAUGCAGCACUCGGUUUACGUGGCAGCUAACUAAAACUUUAGCUGAAAUUUGUAACGUUAUAGGUUUUUUAUUCGUGUGCGAUUGAAACGGUGAAUAAUGAACAGUUCCUAUUUGUUAAGGUAAAAUGCCAUGCAAAUCAAUCACAAGGCAAAACGAUCACAUGAAUAUGUAAUGCAGGAAGCAAUAAACAAAUAAGGAAAUAUUUCACAUUGCAUUACCAAAAUGGAUCGACCAAUUGCUAGUAAUUAUGGACGCAGUUAUGGCACCGUUAACCCAGUGUACGGAACGCCAGCACCAGGCAUGUCGGCCGAACCUACCACACCCCCUGCCAGCAUGUUCGACACAAUCCCAGGAUAUGAGGGAACCCUGGCCGGCGGUGGAGGUGGGUAUCUUCCACCUCCAAUGCCAACUGUACCCAUGCCUGGGCCCGAACAAGCGCCAACUCCGACUAACUGGGACAUUCCCUCAAUCUCAGAGGACAAAGCUCGUGAAUCUCUACAAAAAUACGUCUCCAGCAAAUGUUGCUAUAGAUCUGCACCUGUUAAAGACGGGGUGAUUACCAGCAUGGAGACUUUUAAUACCUACAGGUAUCGUUUGGAGAGUUUCACAGAGUCCAGAACAUCUGAAUGGAGUCAGGAGCCUUACACAGGGCAGGUUGUGGAUGCUGGUAUUCAACCUGCGCCAUUGGCGUGGCAGAUUCCUACUAAUCCUCCAGCCUUCUUCAAUGACAAGAAGCAGACCAUUAAAGUGCCUUAUACCUCCUCAGUCAAGAACUGUCACGCGUGUCUUGGAUUAGGAAGAGGUCCCUGUACCACAUGCGCUGGAGCUGGAAGCAAAGUGUGUUGGUCGUGUAAUGGUUCUGGAUUUCGUCAGGCUCAGGACCGCUGCAUGAACUGCAGGGGCCUUGGUCGAGAGAGAUGUAAUUCAUGUAACGGCCAUGGCUCUCGUGAGUGUGAAACCUGUCGUGGGAAGAGACAGAUGCUCGUCUUCAUCAAUCUCAUUGUUAAAUGGAGCACCGAAAAAGAUGAUUUCGUAGCACAACAAUCGAGUGGUCUGAGAGUGAAAAACCUUGAAAGUGUCUCAGGGAAGCGGCUGUUUCAAAAUGCCCAAUACAUGCUGUAUCCGAUUAUGGGUUUUCCUGAUGCUUCUGUCGCACAAGCUUCUGAACGUUUAGUACGAGAGCAUCAGAGAAAAUACGCCCAAAACUCCCGCAUAUUACAACAGAGACAGACAAUAGAGCUCAUUCCCAUUACCAAAGUGAACUACACAUGGAAAGGAAAAUCCUAUUUUUAUUUUGUGUAUGGAAAUGAGUUUCAAGUGAGCGUUGAUGAUUACCCAGCCACCUGCUGCUGCUCUGUGAUGUAACACAACAAAUAUCAUCUGAUAUAACCCUACACAUUUAUAUACACCCAAAAAUACAGUACAUUUAACCACUACUGUGUAUACAGCAACAUUGAUUUAUUUCAUCUGAGUUUGUGUUUAAGCAGACUGUGUUUGUGUAAUGUCUGAAAUGAUAAAAUUCUGACUUGACAGUACAGACAUACAUUUCUGUUGCAUUUAAUUUCUUAUUUUCUUAUAACUGUUACUCAAAUGUUUAUAAACUGUAUAUGUUAUAUAUUCAUUCUGUUUUUUAUUUUUUACCAUGAAAUCUAUUGUACAAUAUUUUUAACCUUCACAAGGAUGCAUUUCCAAGGUUUGCCAUCUUAAGGUUGGAAACAUCACAGGUUAAUGUUGUAAAACAAUACAUUUCAACCGUUAUGUGUACUGGUAUAAAAAACAACUAAGAUUUAUCAAAACUCUACUCAUUUUAAUGUAUCAUCACUCCUAUGUGCCGUUCUUCUCCUCUAUCUCUGUACCUGCCUCGAGCUUGACUCAUUUUCCUGAGGAAGAGAGAUCUAGUACAAAACUAAACUGGAUCUAAAUCUUUGAUCUGUAGGAAUUAACAGUUUUUGAAUAGCCAUAGCUGGAUCUUUUAGGUCAGACAGAUGAAAAAGUGUCAGAACUGACCAUGAUUUAUAAAAGAGAGGCUCAUUUAAUCUGAUGUAAUGUAAGUCGCAACGUAUUUGUAACUUUUAGGUAUUCACGAUUACAUUAUGAAGUCAUUUAAAACUGUGAAAUAUAAUCCAGUUGAACUUUGUACUCCUAAUAAACCUAUAAUAAAGGAUCAUACUGCCA